AUGAGGUGUCAUUUCUACCUCUAUGUGACACUUCUUGUUACCACGACGCAGUCUCAAGAACCAUUUUCAGUACAAAAUGUCCAACUGUGCCAAAUUGGGAAGACCCGGGCAAGACUUACCUAUGACGCAGAUGACUUUCCAAGCUAUUGUUCGUUGGAUCCGGGAUAUGACAUUUUCUACAAAGACGGUGACUCAGAUAUGAAAAACCGUUAUGUAUACACACUUAAAGAAACCUUUGACUUUAAAGGAAAAACUUUUGAGGUAAAAGUCGAGCCUAAGUGCUCGAACCGAAAUGGAAUACCUUAUCCUUCAAAGCCAAAAUCAAUGAUUAUUCAAAAAAUCACUGAAUGGCUGGACACCGAAUCAGAUGGGUCUUCUCCAUUUCCUCCUGUAGGUUACAUAGGGGGCAUUCUAAACUCAGCAACGGCUUCGAUUCUUGGCCAGUCGGGUAUGUCGGAGAGUGCCACUGUCCACUGUUUCUCCUUUGUUCCAGCUUUAAGUUCGUUGCACCUUGAGAUCAACAAUUCUCUCCUAAUUAAGGUCUUCAUUGUGUGGAAAGACAUUGGCCGGUCUAUGCCUUGCAAAAUCGUUGUUCCCUUCUUAGCAACUGUUUUGGGUGGUUCUCUGCUUCCAAUUGAGUUUAUAGCUCCCUGUGAGUCCGACAGUAUCACCACUUUGGUGGAUUUCGUAUCAAGGGAACAAAUUGGGCAUAGUGCUAUCCCAAUGGGCCCUAUUUCUCCUUCAAUAGCGGAUCUAUUGUGUCCCGCUGCUGCGUAG